AUGUUUUAUUAGAGAGAAGAUGCUACUUUUGAAGGUUACUUUGUUAAACUAAUAUAGAUUACUUUAAUUUUUAACAUGCUAGAUGAUCCUAUGACUUUAAGAAGUUAAAAUAUGAAAAUUCCAAAUGAUGUAUUUGAUUUCUAUAAAAUCAAUUUCUAAUAAAUAGGCAGAAUUAUUUUUAUGAUUGUUUAUUAUAUCUUGAACAACAUUUAUUUUUCAAAUGCAGAAAACAACUAUAUAUUAGCAAGGAUUUAUUUUACUAUUUUGUUAGCUUUUUCUUUGACUAGUAUCAACUAAGUAAUAAAAUUUUUAAGAGAUUAUAUCAAGAAUGGAUCCUUUAUUGACAUAUGGCCAGUCAAUUAAUAUUAUAUCUAAAAGCUUUAUAAAUAUGAAGAAGAACUAACUGUUAAUAAAAGGUAUAUCAUUCUAAAUAUUUUAAAACAAUCUGAUAAUUAAAAUCCUUAAUUUUAAGAUGGCUAUCAGUAGUUACUUGAAUAGAUAAAUUAAGACUGGUAAAUUAUUAUGAAAUUACUUUUAAGGACAAAGAAAAGCUUUGCAAUUUCUUUCAGCGAUAUUGAAUAUUAAUGUCAUCAUAAGAUAAAAAGCAUUAACUUCUUUUUAAAUUUAGAAAACAAAGAAAUUUUUUUCGCUUUCAAUAAAAACUAAGAAGAGCUUAAUAAAACUUUUUUAGAUUUAUACCAACAAAAUUAUUUUUCUUCAUGUAAAAUAAAAUAAAUCUAAUUGGAUUAUUAUGAAGACUACCUUAUUCCUUUCUUGACUGAAAACUAUAAAUUGCUUAUUUAAAGCAAAGGUUACUAAUUUGAUUCUACUUAUGAUAAGAAAAGAUUUUUAGAGCUUAAAUAUAGAUUUGUUGGUCCUAUAUUUUCUUAUUAUGUGCUCAGCAAAUAUACUGCUAAUAACCCCUUUUUCAUAAGUGGUUAAGUUCUAUUUUAUGAUUUGUAUGAUUGA